GUCAUCUGUACUGUCCGCAGUCUCUGGUCAUCCCUGUGUCUGUCCGCAGUCUCUGGUCAUCCCCUGUGCUGUCCGCAGUCUCUGGUCAUCCCCUGUGCUGUCCGCAGUCUCUGGUCAUCCCCUGUGCUGUCCGCAGUCUCUGGUCAUCCCCUGUGCUGUCCGCAGUCUCUGGUCAUCCCCUGUGCUGUCGCAGUCUCUGGUCAUCCCCUGUGCUGUCCGCAGUCUCUGGUCAUCCCUGUGCUGUCCGCAGUCUCUGGUCAUCUCCUGUACUAUGUCCGCAGUCUCUGGUCAUCCCUGUGCUGUCAGCAGUCUCUGGUCAUCCCUGUGCUGUCCGCAGUCUCUGGUCAUCCCUGUGCUGUCCGCAGUCUCUGGUCAUCCCUGUGCUGUCCGCAGUCUCUGGUCAUCCCUGUGCUGUCAGCAGUCUCUGGUCAUCCCUGUACUGUGUCCGCAGUCUCUGGUCAUCCCUGUGCUGUCCGCAGUCUCUGGUCAUCCCUGUGCUGUCCGCAGUCUCUGGUCAUCCCUGUGCUGUCUGCAGUCUCUGGUCAUCCCUGUGCUGUCCGCAGUCUCUGGUCAUCUCCU